AUGUCAACCCAACAAUCAGACGCACAAGAUCCAGAAGCCGCCAGGUCCAAGUCUGACGACCCAACCAAGCAAUGUGAUCCUGACCUUGUUACAUGGGAUGGACCGGACGAUCCAGAGAAUCCAAAAAACUGGCCACGGAGGGCCAAAUGGAGAAAUACUGUUGCCGUCUCCAUCUUCACCUUUAUCUCGCCGGUUUCCUCCUCCAUGGUUGCUCCCGCAUUGUCCCAGUUGGGUGCAGACCUUAACAUGCAGAGCGAUAUCGAAGUCGAGUUAGCUUUAUCGAUUUUUAUUCUGGCCUAUGCGAUCGGCCCACUGUUCUUCGGUCCGGCUUCUGAGGUCUAUGGCCGGGUGCGUCUCCUACAAAUUAGCAACCUGUGGUACUUUGCAUGGAAUCUCGGCUGUGGGUUUGCGCAAACCCCAGCGCAAUUAUUUGUGUUCCGUUUUCUUGCCGGCAUUGGCGGGAGCGCUCCAGUGGCACUUGGAGGUGCAGCCAUUGGGGACAUUUGGACCCCAGAAGAGCGAGGAAAAGCCAUGGGGAUCUACACUCUCGCCCCAAUUCUUGGUCCAGUGGUCGGACCCAUUGCCGGAGGAUUUAUUGCAGAGUAUACGACCUGGCGUUGGGUAUUCUGGUCAUCUAGCGCUGUCGCCGUUGCCAUUCAGGUGGUUGGCUUGGUCUGGCUGCAUGAGUCGCAUCCUGCUACUCUUGUCAACCGGAAACGGAAUCGUCUCGUCAAACAAACAGGGAACCACAAGCUUCGUACUGGCAUCGGGUCCAGAAACCUCUCCAGCACGUUCAGCGCGGCCCUGGUGCGACCGGUGCGCCUGUUCACCACUCAGCCGAUUGUGAUGGUGGUCGCGCUGUACAUGGGCUACCUCUUCGGGACGACGUACCUCCUGCUGGCCACAUUCCCGGCCGUCUGGGGUACUCACUAUGGGGAGAGUCAAGGCAUUGCUGGCCUCAAUUAUAUCUCAAUUGCGAUCGGAUCAUUUAUCGGCCUCUUUCUCAACUUCAUCCUCAUCGAUCGCAUCUAUCGAAGGCUCAAAGAAGAGAAUUCCGGUACCGGAGUACCCGAGUUCCGUAUGCCAACCAUGUUCAUCGGGUCAGGGAUGAUCACCAUUGGUCUCUUCUGGUAUGGUUGGAGUGUACAGGGCCACAGACACUGGGUAAUGCCUAACAUCGGCGUCGCCAUCUUCUCCGCGGGGACUAUGGGAUGCUUGCAAGGGAUGCAAACUUAUAUCGUUGACAGCUACACCACCUACGCUGCCAGUGCCAUGGCUGCCUGUGCGCUACUCCGGAGCUUGGCUGGGUUUGGGUUUCCGCUUUUCGCGCCGUAUAUGUACAGAGACCUGGGCUACGGAUGGGGUACCAGCGUCCUGGCCUUUAUUAGUAUUGCGAUCGGGUUUCCGGCUCCUUUGUUGUUUUGGCGUUUCGGUGCCAAACUGCGUACUCUGUCCGAAUAUGCCUCUGAUUGA